GCAGGACGGUCGAGUGGACGGUGUAUAGGAUAACAUCCAUGAUGACCAGUGAGCAGUUUCUGCAGAGGCAGUCAAGAAUGUGGACAUGAACAGAAGUUUUGAUACGGAUUCAUUGUUUCGGUGGGAGUUAAUUUUAACUCAAGGACUUCAAGUUACUUUCGGAUUAUGAGGAUACUUUGUGCGUUUGUUUAUGAAUCUCACGGGGCUGAAGUCUUAAUACCUUUGAGGAGACAUAUUGCACCGCACACUUGAUAAAAAGUAGCAGGUUGACAUACGCAUUUAGUUUUUCAAGAAGCUGGAGAAGCAUUAGGAGCUAUGUGUGGAGUGUGUGUCUGGAGCUUCAGAGUCUCCAUACUCCUGCUCUUUAGGCUAUACACACUGGACUGCCAGCUUGCAACAGACCACAGAAAGGUCCCUCAGAGGGCAGAGACCCGCCAAGGAGCUGUAGCCGGGCAGGGAGCGGUCCAGGGCUCCUGGGGGGCAUGGGGGUCAUGGACCUCCUGCUCACGGACUUGUGGAGGAGGGGUGCAGGAGCAGACACGACCAUGCCUGCCCUCGUACACCCCCUCGGUGGCCUCCUCCUACCCCUCCAGACCCGGGGUCCACCCACAGCACCCGGGGCAUGUGGUGUCCGCCCUGCGUCCCUCCGUUCCCCUGCAUCGUGAGGCAGGGAGACCCCCCAGCUCCAACGGUAGCAGACGAGGGGAGCUUAGGAGUCCACAGAGAGAGAGGGAAGCUCGGCCUGGUCGCAGGAGGGGCAGUGACAGCCAAAUCGUUCCAGGGAGGUAUGGUUAUGGCAGGAUGCCAUAUGUAGUUCCUCUUAAGACGGACACAGGCCAGGCGUCCGAGGGGGCACGCUCACACCGACAAAGACGUGCUCCGCUCCCUGACCCCAACUACCCCACUUCCCGACACACAGGCCACAGGUCCUCCUACUGGCAGCACUACAACAACCCCAACAUCCACAGCCCAGCCCACCAUCAGCCCCCAGCCCCCCAGCCCAGAACCAACCCAGCCUGGGCCCCAUUGUACCAGCCAGGCUCCGCACACCAGCCCCAGCAGCCCCAGAUCCAGGCCGGGCAGGAUCGCUACCCAGCCAGCCAGGCCCCAGCACCCCUGACACCCCCAGAUCGACCCUACAACCCCCUGCCCACCUCCUCCUGCAUUGGGGAGCACAGCCAGUACAGGAUUUGCAACACCAACGCCUGCCCCCCAGCUAGCAGACACAUCCGAGCUGUGCAGUGUUCCUCCUACAACAGCCAGCCAUUCAUGGGGCGCCUGUACGAAUGGGAACCCUUCAACGAAGUUCCUGGAGACCAGCACUGUGAACUCAACUGUCGGGCCAUUGGGUUUCGAUUCUAUGUGCGGCAGUCGGACCGGGUCAUUGACGGGACCCCGUGUGGCCAGAACGACUCAUCCUUGUGUGUGGCGGGGCAGUGCCAGAGCCUGGGCUGUGAUGAGUACCUGGGCCCUGGGAAGGUGAUGGACAAGUGUGGGGUGUGCGGAGGGGACAACACAGCCUGCAAGGUGGUGACAGGUCUCUUCCAGCACAGUCUGUCCAAGGUGGGCUACCACAAGGUGGUGGAGAUACCCGAGGGGGCCACCAAGAUCAACGUAACGGAGAUGAUGAAGAGCAGGAACUACCUGGCUUUGCGUAGUCGUUCCGGUCGUUCCAUCAUCAAUGGGAACUGGGCCAUCGACCGUCCGGGGAAGUACGAGGGCGUGGGCACUAUGUUUACUUACCGACGACCCAAUGAGAUCUCCAGCACUGCCGGAGAGUCCUUCCUGGCUGAGGGGCCCACCAAUGAGAUCCUGGAUGUCUAUGUCAUCUUCCAGCAGCCUAACCCAGGAGUUCAUUAUGAGUACAUCCUGCCCUCUGACAACCCUGUCAGUCCACAGUACCCUGACCACAGGCCUGGAGGCAACACUCUGGAUGGGCAGGGUGGGUACAACCAUCGUAACCCCCACCCUGAGGGCUAUGAACCCACGGGUGGGGGCAGCAGGUACCCGUCUCAAAUCCCUGACAACCAGGUGCCCCUGGCCCCGCCGCCACGACGCCAAAGAGACUACAACUGGAAACUGUCUGGGACAACAGAGUGUAGCGCCUCCUGUGGCCGAGGUAGCAGGCACACCAUCUUCCGCUGCGUCCACAGGCUGAGUCAUGAGCAGGUGUCAGAGAGCCUGUGUGACAGCAGCACCAGGCCCAGCUCGCAGGAGGAACCCUGCAGCCUGCAGCCCUGCCCGGCCUUCUGGGACAUAGGGGAGUGGUCCGAGUGCAGUAAAACCUGUGGUCUGGGCAUGCAGCACAGACAGGUGCUGUGCCGCCAGGUGUACGCCAACCGCACCCUCAACGUCCACACCACCCUCUGCCGCCACCUGGAGAGGCCUGAGACGGCCAGCACCUGCCAGCUGAAAAUCUGCAGUGAGUGGCAGAUACGCAGCGAGUGGAGCACCUGCUCUGUGCCAUGUGGCGUCGGUCAGAGGGCCAGGGAGGUGCGCUGCGUCAGCAACGUGGGGGACUUUGUGGAAGACGAAGAGUGCAACAUGAAGCUGAGGCCCAGUGACGCGGAGAACUGUGACAUGGGGCCCUGCGCCAAGAGCUGGUUCCUCACCGAGUGGGGGAACAGGUGUUCUGCCGAGUGUGGGAUGGGUGUCCGGACGCGAGGUGUGCUGUGCCUGACCAAUCACAUCAGCAGCCUGCCCCUGGAGGGGUGUGGUCACGAGCGUCCGCCCGACUCACAGGUGUGCAACCAGGGUCCAUGUGAGAGUCGCAUUGACUGGUUCACAGGCCCCUGGAGCCAGUGUUCAGCAGAGUGUGGCACAGGCAGCCAGCAGAGGGUGGUGGUGUGUCUGAUGAAGACUGAUGAAGGCCACACCGUCAUGCCCCCCUAUGAAUGUUCCUCGCUGGAUCGGCCCCUGGGGCAGCAGACCUGCCACAUAAAGGCCUGCGGGGCCAAGUGGUACCACACAGACUGGAGCGCUUGCUCAAAGACGUGUGAGGGGGGGUUCCGUGUGCGGGAGGUGCGGUGUCUGUCAGAUGACAUGCAGCCCAGUGAGGACUGUGGGGAGCAGCAGAGACCUGCGGACAGGGAGCAGUGUCACCCAGAGCCCUGCGUGCCUCACAUAGACGAGAACUGCAGAGAUAAGUACUUCAACUGUAACGUGGUGGUCCAGGCUCGCCUGUGUGUGUACGACUACUACAAGACCACGUGCUGUGCCUCCUGCUCACGCGUGGCCCACAGACAGUCCACAUACAGGGGGCGCAACAGCUAACCUUCCCCUCCCGCGGGCCUGCCAUCUCCCGCCUGGGGCAAGCACAGUACCCAGGGAAGGUCCUCCGUCACUGGGUCAUACGCUGACGCAUGGGGGAGGGUGGUGGGGAUAGCCUGGAUCAAGCCUUUUGGUGGAUAUGGUUACAUUGAAGUCCCAUUACUAUAAACUGAAAAAAAUGAACAAGCCUCGGUGACGGCCAUUGAGAAAGGGACUAGCUUGUGAUGGUGGAGAUUUACGGGGCACGAGUGGAGCUUUGAUGGACAUCAAACAGAAGAAUCUGGAACCACUUUAUGGACGGUAACCGGAACCGUCCAAUAAAAAUGAUCCGUCUCUUCUCCUUGUUUAUGGAAGAGCAGUUUGUGGCUGUCACUCACCUGCCCUGUGACCUAAAGACAAGGAGGGAGGCUUCAGUGUCUGGGGCUUGUAGUCCCAGCCACUGCUGGCCUGUGGAUCACAGGCAGUCCAAACAGAACACAUUUCAAACAUUGUGUUUGAGAAAAUGUAUAGACUGUACACACAUUCUAAUAAGCUUUUUUUAAUUCUAAAACAGCCACAUAUUUAUGGUAUGAUGAUUAAUAAAUCCAUGUAGUAUGAAGUUGCCCUUGCUCUUGAAUCACCACUUACUAUAUAGCAUGUGUCAGGAAGGCUGCAUCAGUUGCCUUCAUCACAUAAACCCUUAAGUUGACCAAAGAUGAGUCAUAUCCUCACACAACUCAGUAUUUCCUUAAAAGUCUCUUUACUACUCUAUACUCUUUACAAAUGUCAGACAACAAUGCUCUCCUCUAAGAUCGAGCUGUCCCUAUCAUCUGUUUUGCAGCAAUGCCUUCUGGGUAUUUCGUAGAUAUGAAUGAAUGAAUGGAUGGAUGGAUGACUUUGAGGCUUGUUCAGUAAAUCUGCCCAGUGACUAAAUAGAGAGCCCUCUUUAUUUAUUUGCCAGGAUCCCCCGGGGGUGGGGUCUGUUUUAUGGGCCACCAGUGGCCCUUUUGGCGUCAGGGUUUAAGCAUCCACUGGCCCCUCCACCAAACCGCUACAUGGAUGUAGGCAUUCCAGAGCUCAUUAGAUGGUUAAAACAGAUGGUUUGCUGCAUGCUGAUAAAUUUUUUGAGAAGGGUAGAGAGUACACUCUAGUGAAGACUGGAACAUAUUUUCCAAUAACUGUUAUUUUCACCUAUUUUUUAAGUUGUUUCAAUUCUGUAAUGUUGGUACGUAACAAAUGGUGCAAAUGCAAGGUUCGUUUUUAGGUAUGUAGGCAAUUUUCGUAACAACAAACAUUGCAUCACUUGAUGUGUGAUGGAUGUAAGACUUGUGGAGGGAACUUGAUAUUUCUACAUAGAAUGACCAUUCUGAUUCCAUCCAGUCAAGCACCCUCCAAGUAGUGUUCAGCUUAUCCAUGACAGCUAUGUAUGUCAUUCAAAGUCACAAAGUCUGGUAUGAUCUCAGCCGCCUUAACAAGGUCUAUAAAGUGUAUGUUAUAGUUAAGAAAAUAACCAUAUUGAAUGUGUCAUAAAUGUUACACUAUUAUUUAUCAAAACACACCACACAGAUACAUCUGUUUUUGAAUUACUAAUGCAAAUAAUGCAUCAUUAUUCAUAUUACUUUUGAUGUCUUAUGUUCAGGUUUUGAUUGACAUGCAGUGUUUUUGACAGUAUGAAUAAACCAUUAAUGAUGUUUAUACAAAAUCUGAACAAUGUUUUGUCAAAUGGUUGUCAAAAUGGUGAUGGAAGUUGGCCCCAUUGAGAAAUGUCCAUACCACAAACUGAUAGUUGUAGUUCUAUGUGAAAAGAUUUAUAUAAAUGUUUUCUUGCAAAUCAUCUUUUGUCUCAGAGGUAAGGAAAGUACUCCACCUAGUGGAAACUAGCCGGUUGUUCAUCCAGAAUGUAGAGCUAGACAGCCUAAUGCUAAGGACAGCCAGGCAGGCACGAAGACCAUUACAGCUGAGCAGACUGGCUUACAACCCUGCCUGGGAGGCCCCACAGCCCAGAGAACAAGCCCUGCUGCUGACUACAUACAGAUAAUUACCUCAGGAGGCUCAAGCUGUGGCUAGUGGCUCACUGCAGGUGGAAUGAAGCUCUGUAGAUGACUA